AUGCUCACAGUAAUCGGCGCCACGUAUCUAGUUAACGCAAUAAAUGCAGCAAAGCAAAAGUUAAAAAAUUAUAUAUUUUGUCCUUUUAUCACUGUGCUGAAGCACGCACGCUUCGCGUGUUCUGAAAUGGCAAAAACGAAGCAAUUGAAAACUAAAGUGAAAAGAGAUGGUGAUUUUAUACCUCCCGAUGGUGGUUGGGGUUGGAUGGUUGUCAUAGCUGCCGGCUUGUCAAACCUGUCAGCCUUGCCCAUAUUCCAGCAGUUCGGUCUCCUAUUCCGCGACAAGUUUGCAAGACUCGGCAUUUCCAGUUCGCAGACCACAACAAUCAUCAACAUACAUUCAGCCCUGAACUCAUGCGUGGGUUUGGCAAACGGCCCCGUAUUCAGAACAUUUACUUACCGUCAAGUGUCGAUGACGGGAGCCAUACUUGUCGUCAGCGCGCUGAUGCUAACCGUGUUCGCGAAUAGUUUCGUGACUUAUAUCAUUACCUUCUCGUUACUUUAUGGUGCUGGGUAUGGUAUUACAAGUGCGUCUAAUGCUUUAGCUUUGAAUACCUAUUGGAAGGAAAGAAGAAGAUUAGCAACAGGCCUGUCGUGGACCGCAACAGGCUUAGGUCCCAUGGUGUGGCCUUACGUUAUUACGGGUUUAUACAACGCCUUCGGUGAAACUGGGGCGAUUUUGAUAAUCAGUGGCGUGUCACUCCAUACCAUUGCGUGUGCCCUGCUUCUACAACCAGUAGAAUGGCAUUCGAAAAAACCAUCCCCAAAAACACUCGAAGAAGAAAAACUUUUAAAGGAUAAUGAUGAAAGAAAGAACGAGAGUGGCUAUUUCAGUCAAUUGACCAAAAUAAAAAAUCUCAGUGCCUUUUCCAGUCAAUAUUUAUAUAAUGAAGACGACCCAAUUAACCCUGGUUAUGAAAUUAUAGAUCCCGGUGUACCAAUGAUGGUACGCGCUAAUGAUGGGUAUUUUAGUCAGUCUAGACAAUCGCGAAGCAAAGUAUCUUCUAGAGAUGGUUCAAAUGUUAAUUCACACCUGGCGUCUAAGAAACCAUCAAUGACAAAUUUACUGGAGAACAGAUCUCGGAAAUCGUCAACUUUGUAUCUGAAUGAGUCCAAGAAGAACUCUUCUGCUAAUCUCGGAGCUCUGGCCCAAGAACGAGAUCCACUUAAACCAAAACGUAAAACUUCUAUUACAACGAGAGAUGAUCUUAUUCCGGAAUCGGAAAUAGAAGAUUGUCCGACUCUUAAAGCACCGCAGGAUUUAAAAGCAGAAGAAAAGGUGGUGGUUGAAAAAAUUGACCCAAAGCAAGCACUGGUUAUUGCAGAUAAAGCUCAAAAGCAUUUAGCAGGUAGCAAAAGUAGCAAGAGCUUGAAAUCUUUCAAAAUGGAUGGUCAGUACGGAGACAAAUAUCAAAAAGAUAAUCAUAGUAAUAUAUCUUUCAAGAACAAUGAAGAAAAUGAAGAAAGAAAAUAUUUACGAGACAACCACAGCAACCAAUCCUAUCGAACGAAACAUCGACGAAAAUCAAAUAAUUUCAAUUUCGAAAGCGAAGUUUUAAAACAAGCAUCUUUAAAACUAGAAGAAUAUUUGAAAGAGAGAGAAGACGACGUAGGUAAAGCUAAAAUCAUAGUUACUCCGCCGCCGGAUAACAAUAACGGAGAAAUACGUCAAAAGGAUGAAGAAGAUGAAAAUAACGAGGAAGAAGAGAAUUUGACAUUUUGCCAAAAAAUCACGCUGUUCUUCGAUUUAGAUUUAUUAAAAGACUUAUCAUUCAUUAACCUAAUGCUGGGUGUCACAUUGGCGUGUUUUAAUGAACUAAACUUUUCACUUUUAACCCCGUUCAUCUUAGGAGACUACGGUAAAUCUAAGAGCGAAAUAGCUUUUUUUAUGUCGUUACUGGCCGCAACAGAUAUUUCCAUGAGAUUUUGCACACCAUUCGUUGCUGGCAAAAUCGGGUGGGAGAACAACACCUUCUUCCUUGUUGGCGUUAUGACGAUGGCUAUGGGGAGAGUAGUUUUAGCAUACAGUCAAGCCAGCUGGGUUUUGACCUCUGUGGCAGUAAUAAUUGGUUUCGGUAAAGGCCUACGUACUGUAUUUAUGGCCUUGGUAAUUCCUACUUAUGUACCACUGGACAAAUUGCCUGGCGCUACUGGACUUCAAUUGAUAACUGCAGGUGUUGUUUAUCUGGCAUUAGGACCUGUUGUAGGUUGGAUCAAAGACAACGCCUCAACCGCCGUUACAUUGCACUGUCUGAACAUUUUCACUUACUUGACAGCUUUUACUUGGACCCUUGAGAAAUACAUCACUGCGAGGCGACAAAAAUCAACUGAACAAGAUAUGAAAGCUUGA